AUGAAUUGGAAGAAUGCAAUUGAGAAGAGUUUCACGGUGAAAGAUAAAGAUUUACAUGGUACGACCAAAGCUUUGCUGGAAAAGUUCAUUAGGCCUGAUAGAGGAGCUGGAAUUGAAAUUUCAGCAUAUACAGGUUAUUCAGAUUUUAGUGGAAAUUUUAGAGAAGGAACAGCAUUAUUCGGAAAUGCUUCACUCGGUCCUCCUCCAUUCAGCUCAAUAUUUCAACACAAGGGACCUGUUUUUGGAAAACCUCUGAGAUGGUUCAGCUAUGAUGGGUUCGAACUCGCGAGCAGUGGAUUUUCACAAGCCAUUUUCUUGUCAGAAGGGGGAGGGUAUGGAUUGGUUCAUCGAGGGGUUCUACCAGAAGGACAAGUCAUUGCUGUCAAGAAACAUGAAUUGUCUAGUUUUCAAGGUGAUGUUGAAUUUGGUUAUGAAGUGGAAGUCCUGUGCUCAGGACUGAAAUGUUGGUAUGCUGGUUGGUUAAUGAGCACAAUCGAUCAUUGGAUUCUCAUUUAUAUAGUGAUUUCUCUUGAUCCCAAUACCAAAUCAUCGAAUAUAUGUUUUUGA